AGUUUGCGCAUCGCUUGUUGAAUGCAGGAUACCUUCUGCGUCAGCGUCCAUUCCAAGUUGAGCUUUGGAGCAGCAGCAGCAGCAGCCGCGGAGGAGCGGGUUGUCCAGCUUCUGUCCUCUGUCAGCGCAGAUAUGAAGUCAGCAGAAGAAGACGCUUAUAGCUACACACCAAAUGUCAGCCUGUCCCUUCCGCUGGGCAUGGGAAACCCCUGCCUGGCCACGCAGUACCACACCUUACAGAACAGUCCGGUCAUCUCCGUCACCUCCUGCCACCAGACGGGCUACAGCCUCCAGAACGACAACCACGCCCCCUCCGGCUACUAUCUGCCCCAUGGCCUCAGACCCAACGGGGCACCAGCUCUGGAGAGCCCCAGAAUUGAGAUCACUGCCUACAGUCAGUAUCCGGAGGACGAAGUAGAAGAGAGCAGCAGCGAGGACAACGUCAUCAAACGAGGCGUCAACUCUAUCGUGACGCUGACGCUGCCCAAUGCAGAAGGUUACCGUGACCCCAGCUGCCUCAGCCCCGCCAGCAGUGUUUCCUCACGCAGCUGCAAUUCUGAAGCUUCUUCCUAUGAGUCCAGUUUCUACAACUACGACAACUCCCCACAGAACUCCCCCUGGCAGUCUCCCUGUGUGUCCCCCCGAGGCUCAUCUUCGCUCCUGUCCUGCCCUCUUGCCAGCGGACCCAUCGCCUCCCCCCACCAUUCCCCCUCCACCUCCCCUCAGAUAGGAGCGGUGGCUGAAGAAGCCUGGCCGGCUCAGCCUCGUGGCUCCAGGCCUGAUUCUCCAUCCGGCAGUGGUGGUGGUGGCGGGGGCAACGGCGGUAUAGGGAAAAGAAAGUACAGUUUCAAUGGCGCUCCCUUCCGUCAGACAUCCUGCUCCCCCACCCAGUCUCCCACCCCCUCCCCCCAUGGAUCCCCCAGGGUCAGUGUCACCGAUGAGAACUGGCUCGCCAACACCAACCAAUACACCAACUCUGCUAUAGUGGCUGCCAUCAACGCCCUGACCACCGAUGGGGUGGUAGACAUGGGGGAGGGGAUCCCAAUCAAGACCCGUAAAACCAUGCUGGACCAUUCCCUCUCCAUGAGCCUGAAGGUGGAGCCUGGUGGUGAGGACCUCAGUCCUGAGGGGGAGCUCUGCCACGAGGACUAUCCUUCUCGUCUGGGCCUCAAGAAGGAAAACUACUGUGGGGGUUUCCUGGAUGUGCCUCAGCAUCCGUACUCCUGGUCUAAACCCAAGCCUUACCUCAGCCCUUCUCUGCCGGCCCUCGACUGGCAACUCCCAUCAUGCUCUGGACCGUAUAACCUCCAGAUAGAGGUCCAGCCCAAGUCCCACCACAGGGCCCACUACGAGACCGAGGGCAGCCGAGGGGCGGUGAAGGCUCUGUCCGGAGGUCACCCAGUUGUUCAGCUUUAUGGCUACAUGGAAAGCGAGCCGCUCACCCUGCAGCUGUUCAUAGGGACCGCAGACGACCGCCUCCUGCGACCACAUGCCUUCUACCAGGUCCACCGCAUCACCGGGAAAACCGUCUCCACCGCCAGCCAUGAAGUCAUGCAAUCCAACACCAAAAUCCUGGAGAUCCCUCUGCUGCCUGAAAACAACAUGAGAGCCAUAAUCGACUGUGCUGGGAUCCUGAAGCUACGCAACUCUGACAUUGAGCUUCGUAAAGGGGAAACGGACAUCGGACGUAAAAACACUCGUGUGAGGCUGGUGUUUCGGGUGCACAUCAACCAAGCCAACGGGCGGACGGUGUCCCUGCAGGCCGCCUCCAACCCCAUCGAAUGCUCCCAGCGCUCGGCUCAGGAGCUUCCCUUGGUGGAAAAACAAAGCGUGGACAGUUACCCCGCCACUGGAGGCAAGAUGAUGCUCCUCAGCGGCCUCAACUUCCUGCCCGACUCCAAGGUGGUGUUUGUGGAGAAGGCCCAGGAUGGACAUCAUCUGUGGGAGACAGAAGCCAAAGUUGACAAGGACUCCAUCAAAUGUAAUACGAUUGUUGUGGAAGUUCCACCCUACCGGAACCAGAGAAUAUCCAGUCCGGUGCAGGUCAACUUCUAUGUCUGCAACGGCAAGAGGAAGAGGAGCCAGUACCAGCGUUUCACCUUCCUGCCUCCAAACGUUCCAAUAAUAAAGACAGAACCUAGUGAUGAGUAUGAAUCGAUGAGGACUGGUUUGUCCAUGCACUCGAAGCCGUACUACAAUCAGCCCAGGCUCACUCCCAUCAUGCCAGUAAACGAUGCUGAUGCCUGCCUGGUCAGCGGUUACUCUCCUUGCCCGCCUCGCCAUGCUGCCAUGCCAUCAUCGUCCCCCAGCUCCAGCCCCACCCUGCAUGACCUGUCCCCUAUGGCAUACAACAAGUGCCUCCCAAAUAGCCCUACCCAUGCAGCACCACCAGGCCCUGUGGCACCCACCAUCCAAGAAAACCCUGGUCGCCCAAACCUCGCCCACCCAGCGUCACCAGAUCACAGCUCUCCCCUAGGGAUGCUCCAUUCCCAGGGUAGCCCCAACCAUCUCAACAGCCCUGGACCCCAUGGUUACCACCACAUCUAUGCCAACAGCAGCCCCUCUUCUUCCCCGGUGUCCCACCCCUCCACCCCCGGUGGGGCUGCAGAGAGUCCAUUUGUUCAAGCCUACAGUCCCAGUCAUGGAGCAGCCAACUCAGCCCAGGCUGGAGGAAACUCACCUAGCCUCCUCCAUGAGGACUCCAGUUCCCCUACCGUGUCCAUCACCGUUAAGCAGGAGCCCCAGGAACUGGACCAGAUGUACCUAGAUGAUGUUAACGAGAUCAUCAGGAAUGACCUCUCCAGCAUUUCCGUGCACACGCAUGCAUAGACAUCCUGAAGCCGUCUGCAGCAGCUUCAACAACAACAACAUUACACAAAGCCAGGAGAUCCAGACGAUGAAUAGAUUUUUGACCAGGAUCUCCAACCUGACCCUCGUCGACAUCAGCUCCUCCUAACUUUAAAGACUUGCUGCAGAUUCACAUUGACAAUCACUGGCAAGCUCCGUAUGAAUAAAUGAAUGUCAUAUUUACAAAAAAAAAAAUAAAAAAAGGGAAGUGAUUUCAGGGGCAAAGUAUACGACUACACUUGCCUUAAUUCACAGCAGAUGUUCUCUAGCGGACCAAACAGCUCAAUGAGACUGAAUAUUCUCCUGUAGUUGACAAAUGACAAUCUUGAUUUUGAGUGUGAUCUGUUCGUUAAUGCAUGGACGAGCUAAUGGGACGAUAACUGUCACGCUUCAUUACUUUGGUUCAUUUGUUUGUGCAGUCAGUUCACGGCGAACAAACCGGUGCCUUACAGCAGUGAUAUUGACAACAGCAGCACUCACAAACUAGAAGGGCACUUCUUCGUGUACAUACCUCCGCCAAGGACCGACACUUCCGCUCUAUCUCACAUAGUCUGAAAAGUGAAAAAACAAAAAAGAAAAAAAAGCCCCUUUAAAAUUUAUCGGGUCACUCGCUGACUCGUCCGAUCUUUCCAGCAACUUCCAUGAAAAUUGGUGCAGACGUUAUUUGUGUAAUCCUGCUGACAGACGCAAACGCUAAUGAAAUCACAUCCUCCUUGGCGGAGACGAUUAAAAACGUCCAUGUUCAUUUUAACCCAAAGUGGAAGUUUUAUACGACUUUUUUGUAUCAUUUGAUUGAUUUGUUUACAGGGAAAAGAAUAGAAGUCUGGAACAUAUGUAGGGAUUUUGUGAAUAGAUUAGCAUUGUAUUUUUCCUUGCUUCCUUAUUAUCGAAUUGUUCAUUUAUACUGAAUGUUAUGUAUAUUAUUAUUUUGUAUAAACAUGUAUUGAAAGUACGUAUGCCUUAUGCUCAUAUCAUGCAAUUUGCCAUUUAGCGCUUCUCUUUUUUUCCAUUGGUGUCGUCAUUUCUACCACCCUGCAUUAUGCUUUUCACCUUAGUGCCUCUUCUCUAAUCAUCCUGCCCCAGUCUUCCAGUCCUCCACACAGAUCAUGACAGAACAACGCAGAGACAAUCAGAGAAAAUAUAUAGUACAUAUCCUAUGACAACAGUUCCUGGUCGACAGGGGCUUAUUAAGGCAGGUAUUGCAAUUUUCUUCCCCCUCAAGCUAUAAAAUAGUUAAACAACGGUAUGCUUACCUGCUGAAUUAAAUAAGAAUAUUCCAGGACUAUAUAUAUGUCUGCAGGAUUGCAUGUAAAUAGACAUGUUGUGGGUGUGCUACAGGCUCAGAUAUACUCUUCAACUGUGGAGUUGGCAGGACUGUUACAAACAGCUGGCAAUAAUUGAUCUGCAUAAACCAAAGGAUUUUCUCUUUGGUGAAAUUAUUGUCCAAGUUUCCCUUUUUCCGUAGGAGACCUUAGCAUAGGAGUGUUUCCCCGUACAAAAACAUUAUGCACUUUACCGUAGAAACAGAGCAGACCAAAUAUUGUAGAUUGAUUUCCACUGUUGUAAACUUAAACCUACACUGACUUCCUUCACAGAGCUGCUGCAAUCUUUUUUCAUGUUACGUCUUUUGGAGCAUGCACACCAUACUAAUGUUGGGGAUCGUUUAGCUGACUGUAGCUUACCACAUCAAGUAGCUUCCUAAUACAUUUUGGAUUAUAUAGUAUAAACAGCAUGAUUAAACUGUAUGGAUAAGGUUUCUAUUUUUUGUGCCUUACUCUUUCUUGGCUACAAGCUUGUUGCAACUUUAUGAUGCUUUCCUGUGUAGGCACAAGGUGAAACAUAUUUCUCUUUAAUAUGAAAUAUUUAUGAAAAAUGAAAUGUGUUUUAAGUGCAUUUAAUGUGUUCUCAACAAUGAAUUAAUAAAUGGCAUAAUAAUGA